CUACUUCCUCACUGGACUGUCAGUUACGCCUGUCUCGCUGUUUCUUCGCACACUCCCGACCUGUCCCUUGAUCGCCUCUCGGGCACCGCUAGUCAACCUGGAACUGUCUCAUCCGCCCAGGCUGCCCGGGCCUGAGGCCUCUGGGAUUUUUCUGUCUGAACAUUGACUGGGACCCUCUCACCAGUUUUCUUGCCCCUCAUGUUCUCAGAGCAUCCACGUGUCCCCUUGGUGCCUGUUCCUCAGUAGCACCCUCGCCAUCUACCCCUGGCCAUGUCGGACUGCUGGGAUGAGAAGAAGCUUUCGGUGCAGCCAGAGGAGGGACGCUAUGAUUCAGGGGUGGGAGAUUCUGUGCAGUCCCUAUCGGAUACAUCGGUUGGCCACCUGCAGUCCCUACCUGAGAAACCAGGAGCUUGGACUGAGCAACCUGCCCCAUCUGGGGACAAAGUUCUGGAUCCUCAAGAACUUGACAGACAGGACUCACUGUAUGGCUCGUCAUCCUUGACGGGGUUGCUGUCGGAAGCUUACCUGCCCAAAAGUAUCCCUGAGGAGCCUGAUAUCCCAGACUCUCAGCAGUUGGAAUGCCUCACCUAUGUGUCUGAGGAGGGCGAUACGUUCCUGCACCUUACUGUGAUUCAUGGCUGGACAGACAGCUCCCUCUACUUCAUCUCCCUGGCUCCUGCCGACGUGCUCAGUAUCCAGAAUGAUCUCUACCAGACAGGACUGCACUUGGCUACAUACCUGGGCCAGCUGGAAGUGGUGGAGGCUUUGGUAUCUAAAGGAGUCAACUUAGAACUACAGGACAGGAAAGGGGACACCGCCCUCCAUGUGGCUUGUAAGAACCAGAACUUGGCUUGUGCAAAAGUCUUGCUGCAGGGGCCAAAUGGCCCCCAGAACCUCCAUCUGCAGAACUGGAAAGGCCUCUCCUGUCUGCACAUCGCCACUCUGAAAGGGAACCGCAGUCUUAUAUCCUUACUGCUAGAACAUGGAGCAGAUAUCAAUGAUCAGGAGGGUACAAGUGGGAAGACUGCAUUACAUUUGGCUGUGGAGAUGCUGGAUGGCCUUUUGCUCACUCACCUGUUACACCACCGCCCUGAAGUGGACUCUCUCAUGUACAAUGGCUGCACCCCUUUGCACUUGGCUGUGGGUAGGAAAGAUGGUGGCCUUGCCCGUUUGCUGUGUCAGGCCGGAGCCGAUACGCUGCGGAGAAAUCGAGAAGGGGACACCCCACAGGACUUGGCUGAGGGCAAUAACCAACUUCUCGCUCUUUUACCCUUCGAUGACCUGAAGAUUUCUGGCAGACCAGUUGUAACCACUGCAUGACCCCACCGUUCGGAAUUAAAGAGCACCGUAAAAUAGCUUUCAAGACUGCACGUUGAGAGCUCCCCCAAACUGGCUUUGUACAUUGCUUCUAUAUUCAGAACUUUGUCUUGCAUUUAAUGUGCAGGAUACUCUCUGCCAGGGGGCACCAUCCUGUAACUGCCCCAUCCCGUACAGAAGAGGAGGUAUUGCUUGAUCUUGCUGCGACACAGCAUUAACCAAUUACAUAUUAAAGACAAAGGUAAAGAGUUGUGAUGUGUAUGGAGAAAUCUUUCUCUGGGAUAUUUGGGAAUAAUGGAUUAAGCCACAUGAUGAUGCCAUGUUGUACCCAAGCCCAGCUACCGUGCCCACAGCAAACUAAUAACUCCACAACUGGCUUUGUAGUUUUGGGCAUGAUCACCUUCCUCCAGUAGUAAAUGCCAUUCAGCUCAAGAAAAUGCUAAUGGCUUGGCUACUUUAUCUCUCCCUACUGAAAAAGCAGUUUAUUUUAUUCUCCCCAUUUAUUCCUUCUUAUUGACUGUGAUUAUAUUAACAAAGGCUCCAGAAGUGCCCUAUGUGUCCCUCUGCAGGCAAACAAGUGGUGUCAGCUGGGAUACCCCCUGAGCUACACUGCUAAUGGCAUUGCUUAUAGGACAUUUAACUGUGGGUGUAGCUCAGCUUGGUGAGCAGCCGAUCACAGUGACCCUUUGUAUUGCAUCAGCAGUGAUAUCACCAACCCCUUUCUUCCAAUCAAGCAGAACUCCGCAUCUUCUCCCAGUAGCCAAGGCCGUUGUUAAGAGUGCCAACCACAUCUCUGCAAAGACCGCUGCUAUUAGUGCCAAAUUCAUGACGGUGCCUGUGAUUUCCAGUGAUACCCAAGACCAAGCUCCUAAUGGGAGGAUAUUUAAGAACUAGAAGUGUUACAUGAGAUGAGGUGACUUGUCAUUGAAGGGAAAUCCCUCUCCCCACAGGGGCAACAAAUUAACCAAAAAUUACCUUUGCAUUGACGGGCAUCCUUUCCGUGUCACAAUCACGGAAGUUUAGAAGAUAUUCCUGGCGCUGCUAGGUCAUUUCACUCACUUUGUUGCCCUCAGGAAGUUUGAAAUCCCUACAGGUGACAGUGCCCUUUGCUGAAAGUGUGCGACCCUUGCAUAAGAUCAAACUGGGGCAGCGUUUAUGUUUGUACCUGCUAUUUGGGAGUGGCUACCCAUCUCCAAGGAAAUAUGCUGUGCUUUGGGGGUUUCAUGGCUCAGUCCUGUACUAUAUAAAUUGUAUAUGUAUGACGUGUGUUUGAUAACUUAUAUGUGGGUGUUUUACCAUGGGGAGGGUAUGCAUCAUUGAAAUAAAACCUAGCAAACUUUCUAUUA